AUCCAUAUUUCUAAUCUCAAUAGUAGCAAUAGAUUGCCUUAGAAACACUAAAGGGAUCUUGGUAGUAUUGGCAAUACAAGAUAAUUAACUUAUACUUUCUUUAAUUAUCAUUAAACAGGACGGAGAUUCCUUCUGCCAUCAGAUGUCUUUCUACUUGACUGAAAUGCACCUGUGGUCUUUGAAGAAUACCUUACACAUUGGAGAUAGAGACAUCGGCAUCUACCAGUAUUAUGACAAGAAAGAUACAUCAGAGCAUGGUAACUUAGAAGAAAAGCAGAGGUUGGCAGAAUCACGAGAUUAUCCUUGGACUCUCAAAAAUAGACGCCCAGAAAAACUUCGAGACUCACUGAAAGAGUUGGAGGAACUGAUGCAAAACAGUCAGUGUGUGCUGAGCAAAUGGAAGAACAAAUAUGUCUGUCAGCUCCUCUUUGGUUCAGGUGUGCUCGUGUCCUUAAGCCUUUCUGGGCCGCAGCUGGAGAAAGUGGUGAUUGAUAGAAGCCUGGUGGGGAAGCUCGGCUUAGACACCAUCAGCGAUGCUCUUCUCACAGACAGUUUCAUCAUCUUAUCAUUUUUGGCACAAAACAAACUAUGUGUCAUUCAGUUUACAAAGAAGAUGGAUUUGUCUGAUGUAAAUAAAAGACUGGAAAAACUCUCAGCCUUGGAUUAUAAGAUUUCCUAUUUUGAAAUACCUGGCCCAGUUAAUAGGACAACGCAACGUCAUCUAGCUAUCAAUUGCAAUCAGGAUAGAGUUGUUUGUUGGUGGCCACUGGUCAAUGAUGAUGUUUGGCCUUGGGCCCCAAUUUCUUCUGAGAAGGACAAAGCCAAUCUACUUCUCCUAGGUUGUGCUCAAGGAAGACUUGAGGUACUGAGUUCUUUUCACACGGAAUGGGAGCCACUGGAUGUUCGUUUUCUCACCAAAGAGCCUUAUCGGGUGGUCACAGUGGAGCACUCCAUCAGUGUAGACCAAGAGCCCAUGGUUGACAGCUGCAUCUAUGAAUAUGUUCGGAAUAAAAUUCACUGCAUAUCAGUCACUAGAAUACCACUAAGGUCAAAGGCCAUCAGCUGCUGUAGGAGUAUUACUGAAGACAAACUGAUUCUGGGCUGUGAAGAUUCUUCAGUAAUUCUUUAUGAAACUCAUCGUGGAGUGACUCUCUUGGCCCAGGCUGAACUUUUGCCUUCACUAAUAAGCUGCCACCCAAGUGGUGCUAUUCUGCUAGUUGGCAGCAACCAAGGGGAACUGCAAAUUUUUGAUAUGGCUCUGUCCCCUAUUAACAUCCAGCUCUUGGCUGAAGACCGCUUACCCAGGGUGACUCUGCAGUUCAAUAAGUUAUUUGAUGUCUCCAGCAGUCUUGUUCAGAUGCAGUGGAUAACCCCUCCAGCUGUUUCUCAGAAGCUUGAAAGCGGAAACAUCUGUGACCUCCUCUUCCUCAGAUUUGACAGAGGACCCUUGGGUGUGCUCUUGUUUAAGCUUGGCAUCCUCACUCGAGGCCAGCUGGGCCCAAUGGACAUCAUCUUCCAGUACAUCCACUACGAUGAGAUCUGUGAAGCAAUAAACAUCCUGAGCAGCAUGAACUGGGACACUCAGGGCCAGCAGUGCUUUAUCAGCAUGACCGCCAUUGUGAAUCAUCUUCUCAGACAAAGGCUCACUCCAGAGCGAGAAGCACAGCUUGAGGCAAGCCUUGGAACCUUCUAUGCUCCAACAAGACCUCUUCUGGAUACAACUAUUUUGAAAUAUAGAGACCAAAUCAGCAAAUACGCAAGGCGAUUCUUCCACCACUUGCUCAGGUACCAGAGAUUUGAAAAGGCCUUUCUCCUGGCCGUUGACAUCGGUGCUCGUGACCUGUUCAUGGAUCUCCAUUACCUCGCCCUAGAUAAGGGUGAAUUGGCACUAGCUGAAGUGGCAAGAAAAAGAGCCAGUGACAUUGAUGCAGAAUCAAUAACCUCUGGAGUCGAACUCUUGGGGCCUUUGGACAGAGGCGAUACGCUAGGUGAUGCUUUUAUUGGACUGUCCUUAUUACCUCAAGGGGAAGAAUCAUUUCCAGAUUAUCUUCCUGCCUUUGAAUCUGUCCACAGACAUGUUAUUCAGCAAAAAAUACUGAAUAGUUCUUCUAACAGACAGGUAACUGACAGAAGAAAUGAACAUGAAAAAGACAGCUGUGCUGAAUCUUUGAGGACCUGUAAUACAGAAGGAGAACUGAAACCAAACUGCAGAGGACAGGACCCAGGAGAUGGAGAAGGUGGUUCUCUCAGAAUGGUUCACUUUGGUUUGGUGUAAAUGAUAACAAACUUCUUUUUAACUUCAAAAGGAAACUGGCCUUUUUCAUGCCCUGAUUCCAUUAAAUUCUUCUAUAUGUAUUUUUUAAAAGGGAAGACAGCAUGUACAGCUCAGCAUAACAGAAAAGCAUCCUAAAGAAAAGUUCUUAACCUUAACUUUCACUAGUAUACAAAUUUUAAAAGUAUCUUAAAGUAUACACCAUUUGAUACCUCAUAAGUAGAAUGCUUAAUUUGUUCUCUCUAGCAUUUUAAAUUUUCUUCCUCAUGUCUUAUUUACAUAAUUAAUUUACAUGUAAAUAAUAUAUUAAGAAAAAUUUCAGCUCAGCAUUAUUGCCAUAAGACAUGGAUGUGCCUGUGGAGCGAUGUAGA